CAGCCAUUCUUAAGGGAGAUUUGCAGCCUGUUGUGGUUGAAUUACGCUAGCAGGCUGCUAUCCCUUAUAGUAUUACAUAUAAAAGUACACAUUUCCUGCUAAAAAGCCUCAAGGAACCAUAUUCAGGAACCCCCAGGAAUCUCAGAACUUUUCGGAAACCCCAAAAAAAACUCAUGGACUUGUAGACUUCUUGUCACCAAUUUUGGAAAUUAUCAAAAAGACCAUUGUACCCACUGGAGACAUAGACAUAAAAUAACAAGAUAACCCCCAAUGCAUCUCCACAGUCCUUCACUCAUGGCAGAAGGAAACUUCUCUCUUUCUGGACACUUGGUGAGAAGUCCUAUUGGAAACCCAUCCAGGCUUCACAGCAUCGAGGCUAUUUUAGGAUUUUCCAAAGAGGACAGUGUUCUGAGCUCAUUUCAGCCAGAGGGCAGUCCCAGGAAUGGCAAAGAAGCUGAGAAGAGGAACUCUAGACACAGUCUUCACAAAAUGGCUGAGGAUAUACAACCACAUCAGAACCAUAUAGACGACACACAGGAUGACAACUAUGGGGAUACCUAUUGUAGCAAAACAUCCAGCGAGUGCCUGAGUCCAGGUUUAUCAGCAAAUAACAGCGACCACAAACUAUCCGACGAUGAACAACCCAAGAAGAAGCAUAGGAGGAACCGAACCACCUUCACAACUUACCAACUCCAUGAGCUGGAGAGAGCUUUCGAGAAGUCUCACUACCCAGAUGUGUACAGCAGAGAGGAGCUGGCCAUGAAGGUGAACCUCCCCGAAGUAAGAGUCCAGGUUUGGUUUCAGAAUAGAAGAGCCAAAUGGAGACGACAAGAAAAGCUGGAGGUCACAUCCAUGAAGCUUCAAGACUCCCCAAUUCUAUCCUUUAACCGAUCCCCCCAGCCUCCAGCCAUGAGCACCAUCAGCACUAAUCUACCCCUAGAUUCCUGGCUUACUUCUCCCAUGUCCAACACUACCGCCCUACAGACCCUGCCGGGAUUUGUGACCAACCCACAGAGUAUUCCUGGUAGCUAUACCCCACCACCUUUCAUGAACACCGCACCUGUUGGGCAUGCUCUACAACCAUUGGGUUCUAUGGGGCCACCGCCUCCAUACCAAUGUGGGGCCAACUUUGUGGACAAGUAUCCUCUUGAAGAAAUAGACCCUAGAAACACGAGUAUAGCAGCACUGAGGAUGAAGGCAAAGGAGCACAUUCAAUCUAUCGGCAAGCCUUGGCAAACCAUAUAAUGAUGGCCCUGCUGGGACCCCCAGCUCAAAAAUGUGUUCAUAGGUUCACACUAAAGGACUAUAUGGACUAUGGGGACAGGAACAUUAUGUGCCAAGCACAAAACCUUUGUCCAUCUUCCAUUGUGAACUACUCAUAAACUGUGGCUAAAACUAAAGCUUCUCAUUUUAUAGACAUUAUGAAUUUUGAAUUUAUUCUAUGGCUUCAUGUUUUACCGGUGAAUAUUCAGUCCUUGAAUAGUUAUAUCUAUUUCUAGGAAAGCUAUAUAAUAGCCAAUAGAGUUUCCAUUACAGCUCCCACACAUCUUUCCAAAAGUCCAGCAUGGGAGACUGCAAUAAUGGUCUAUAUGAUAUACAGAGCUAUGGUUCAGCUGUAACGGAAGCCAUAUUGUUUUUCACCCAGCUUUUCCAGUAACAGAUAUAACUGAGAAACACAGAAUUGUGACUUAUAUUUACUGAUUAUUAUUAUUAUUUUUAAUUUUUUUUUAUUGCAAGAAAAUGUUUCCUUCAGAUUUCAGUGCUGAAUAGACAACAGGAAAAUGCUGUAGCUCUUUCUAGAAUGUAGGAUGAAUGACCUCCAUGACUUACGUAUUUAAGAUUAUCAGAAGAUGUAAA